AUUAUCUUCGCGGAUUUAGUCCAGCGGGAAGGAAUGAAAAUGGCGUCGACUUCUAAUGAGCAACCUUGGUACACGGCCCUCCUUGGUUUUGCAGAAAAUUUCAGGACUUCUAACCCACCAAACAUCCGACUUUGCAUACACUGUCUUCAGUCGAUCUUUACUUUCAAGCCUCCGCCACAAAUCGAGGCUCGUACGCACCUCCAACUCGGCAAUAUUUUACUGACCCACACAAAAAACAUCGACGCAGCACGGGCUCAUUUGGAAAAGGCGUGGAGCGUGUCGUCAUCGCUAUCAGCAAAUGAUGACGUCCUGUUUGAGUCAGCCAGUAUCCUGUCUCAGCUCUAUGAACAGCAGAACCAGGUUCAGCUGGCCAAACCAAUCCUACACCGGGCAAUUGAGAUGUCCCAACAGGCUCCAUACUGGCACUGUCGACUUCUGUUCCAGUUGGCGCAAAUCUUUGCCAUAGAAAAGGAUUUCCUAUCUGCCUGUGGACUGCUAGGAGUCGGGGCGGAGUUUGCUCGAACAGCUCAGUCAGACUACACACGGAUGCUGUUCCUCCUCAGCAAGGGCAUGCUUCUGCUGAUUGAUAAGAAGAUGAAGGAUGUUGAUGAGUGUCUAUCCAUGGUGUCAGGUCUCAUUGAAACAUACCAGGGCUCACCCAUACACAAGGAAUCUCUGAAAGUGUUCUUCCUUGUCCUGCAAGUGUGUCACUAUCUCAUGUCAGGACAGGUGAAAAGUGUAAAACCGGCACUCAAGCAGCUACAGCAGAGUAUCCAGACAAUAACACAGAUACACACAGAUGAUGUUCUCCUUUCAGAGCCACUGUCUGGAAACCCAGUUGACUUGUUCCAGUGGCUGCCAAAGGAACAUAUGUGUGUGCUGGUGUACCUGGUGACUGUGAUGCACUCAAUGCAGGCAGGAUACAUGGACAAGGCACAGAAGUACACAGAUAAAGCACUCAUGCAGAUUGAGAAACUGAAGAUGCUUGACUGCCAUCCGCUAUUGUCAUCCUUCCAGCUGAUGCUGUUGGAACACAUCGUCAUGUGCCGUCUCAUCAUGGGCAACAAAUCCAUGGCAAUCCAGGAAAUAUUCCAGGCGUGUCAUGUUUGUCAGCAACAACCAAGGUUAUUUACUACACAUGGGGCACAGAUUCACACGUUACUGGGCUUGUAUGCAAUGUCGAUGAACUGUAUGGAAGCAGCUGAAGCCCAGUUCAAAACCGCAUCCAAGUUAACUACAGUAUCAGACCUGAAGAGUUUUGUAAAUUUAAAUCUUGCAAUUGUAUACCUACGAACAAACCGACAAACAGAACUAGUGGGAUUGUUAGAAAGUAUAGACCCUGAGAAACUGGAAUCAGGAUCACAUAGUUUAAAGGCAGCAGCAUAUUAUGUCCAGGGUUUACAAGCAUUUUUCCAAGCAAGAUACAAUGAAGCAAAGCGCUACCUCAGGGAAACAUUGAAGAUGUCCAACGCAGAAGAUUUGAACAGAUUAACAUCAUGUUCGCUUGUACUCCUGGGGCAUAUAUUUCUUUCAUUAGGAAACAACAGAGAAGCAAUGAAUAUGGUAACACCUGCAAUGCAGCUUGCUGGGAAAAUCCCUGAUGUUCAUGUCCAACUUUGGGCAUCGUCACUCUUAAAAGACCUUUACCGUAUGUGUGGGGACUCUCAUAACGAGGCUGAAGAGUUCCGGAUGCACUCAAGUUUCUCACAGUCCCUCCUCAAAGACCACUUUCAGUCCUCCCAGAUGUCAGAACAUGGACUCAUACAGUGGACAGAUGGUCAGUGCCCGUUUCACCUGUGUAGUACAUCAGUGGGGUCCAGCUCUAUGUUGUGAAAGCUGACUAAGGUGGGGUCCAAAUGACCUGGCUGUGUAUAGAAUAUAUGGACCUGGGCUUCUGGCCCCCGUGUCUGUGGUUGCCAUGGCUGCAGUUGAGCCAACUGCUAGCAACCGUGAGGGUCCUUUGAAAUGUGUUAAACACAUUAUGGCAGCAAAAAGGAAACCUGAACGUGGUUCUUGUUUCUGGUUUGGGCUCUCCUGAGAUUCCAAGCACAGAGCAAAAGCAAGUGUUGUGGUGCGAGGCAGUUCCUUACCCCUCUCAGGACAAGAUCUACAGAGCUUGACUGACAUGAGAUAUUAUCCAAACAUGAUGUCAGGGAAUAGUCAAACCUCUUGCUCACAACUAGAUAUGUUUAGAGGGAAGGAUGAGUCACUACACCAGAAGUGCUGCCACAUUUGUGGAAUCCAGUUGAGAUUCCCGUCAGGAGAAAGGGCAGGUCCCUUCACCAUUGUUCUUGUCGUCAUGCUAAGCAACAUCUCCGAUACAGAUAUCUUUGCCAUAUUCAUAUUCCUUGAAAGAUGUCCUACAACUACAAUGACUGCAUUCAACACCAUUAUGGGAAGUGCACUCUUGGUUUGUCCUGUUAGCUCCUGGUAUUGCCUGUGUUCAUCCUGUAUGUUGGCUGCAAAUUUAUUUCAGUCUCACUUUACAUUUUACACAUAACUGUUUUAUUUUUAUGCUGAAGUGCUGAGGGAAGAUGACCUUAUUCUGGAACAUUUUAUAUGAUCCCAUUUAAACGGUAGUACAUUACAUAUUUCAUCAGUAAGUAAUAUUUCACUUAAAUAUUUUGCUUGAUAAAAUAAAUAAGAUGAUACUAAGCAGUUAUAUAUAGAGUGAUGAAAAAAUUCCAUUUUAAGAAAAAGUCUAAAUCUGUCUCACAGCUUCAUAUAGAAAAUGCUUGUGUUAAUGUUGAUUAUACUGCAUUUGUCUCUGAAAAAUAUAAACAAUGAAUUCUAACAAUACCUUCUAUGUAAAUAUACUGACAUUUUGUGCGCCAAUUGCAUCUGCAUCUUAAUCAUUGAAAUCUCCAUCGUCUCUAUCGCAGGGCAGUCAGGUCUUAGAGUAGCCCAUCACUACACUACAGUUGGUACCACUAUUCAGUUCCAGUCAAGUAAAAGCCUGUUGAAUGUAGGAAACUCUGCUAAUAGUAGUCCAUAUUUCAUAACAUAGAUAUGUACUGUGGAGAUAAUAAGAGCAAAGUGUGCGCUAAUAGUCUCAAAAGGUUUGCAGGACAAAAGGGAUAUGUCCUAUUAUUUGUUUACAUGAAUGGACUCAA